CCUUAUCCUUUCUACGUAACUAUUUUUUAUUUACAGAGAUGAGUUCAAGUAACACUGUCACACCACCCAAGAUUCAAGACAAACCACUUGAAGAAGAGCCUGCCAAAAAGAAUGGACAACUCGGUGCUUUGGAAGAAGACGACGAGUUUGAAGAAUUCGUAGCUGAGGAUUGGGAAGAGAAUGACGAGGAAAACCUCGAUGAUAAUUUAUGGGAUGACAAUUGGGAUGACGACGAUGUCGAAGAAGACUUUUCAGUCGUGUUACAGUAAGCGACAACAUGUAAUACAUAUAGACGCGUUUUAAUUAAAUCAUGUUACAGAGCGGUCUCUAUUACGUCAAGCGAGCCACAAGCCAUGAAGUUGUAAACCUAUCCGACUUAAAUAAAUCAAGCUACUUUUUUUUUUUUUUGGGAAUACAGCAUAAUCAA